AUGUUUUUAGUCCCGCCCGCGCCAAAGUGCCGAAGCACCAACAACGACCUCAUAAUAACACGUACUAACAAAGACUUGCAGUCCGAAUCCGUCCUCAUCCAGAAGAUUUUCACACAUUUUAAAAAGGCACCGGGAACACACAAAUUGGGGGUUCUUUACGUUGUAGACUCCGUAACCCGCAAAUGGCUCGAGCAAGCCAAGGCUCAAGGACAAGCAGUAAACAGUUCGGCGCCAGACGGCACAUAUGGGGCCGGUGUCAACAGAGUAACGGAACUGAUGCCUGUGCUGAUGAAUGACAUACUUCAGACCGCCCCUGAAGAGCAAAAGGUACGCAUGCGCGCUUCGGCACUUUGACAUGAUUUCUUACACAUCCCAUGUAUCGUUCCGUCCCUCGUGUGGAGAUGCCAAUCGACCUGAAUAGCCGCCCGAGUCUGGCCAAAGAGUUCUAACGUACUCUCGUGACUCUGGGACUGAUCUUAGAUUGACAGCUCCCUGCUGAUGCUACCACUUCCCUUGAUGAAUAGAGACUCACACGCGUCAUCUGUAGGAGAAAAUUAAAAAGCUGCUUGAUAUCUGGGAGAAGGGACAAACCUUCCCCAUCUCUAUGUUAGAGUCCUUCAAGGAGAAGUUGAAUGCUCCUCCACACUCAAGUAUGUUUCCCGCAAUACUAGCCCAUUAUCCCCCCCCCAAAUACGACCGUGUGGUUUGAUUAACGUAUAGCAGAAGUAUCGACUACACCUCCCGGAAGCCCUCCUGCUGGACUGCUCGCUUCGCUUCAGAAGCCCGUGUCUGCCCCCCCCGCGGCCCCAGCCCAGAACGGCCAAUCUAUCCUGGAUGCUCUUGCAAAUAUUGCUCGCCAGAAUACUACUGCUCCACCAAGUUCAUCCAGCUUACCCGCACCGGCAGCGUCGUAUAAUGUACCACCGCCGGUCACUGGGCUCCCACAGCCUGUUUCGUCAACGAUGGCCCAACCGUCACUACAGAUGCAAAACCCAGCAUCAUACCCCCCUUCGCAGCCUGCUGUAAACUUGCCCCCCUCUCUCCCAUUUUCUCUCCCACAGGUGACUUCGUCCAUGGCUGGUGCUUCGCCGAAUAUGCCCAAUAAUCAGUUUCCUGGUGGCCCAGCGCCCGCGGGAGGGGCCUUAGAUCCCAAUACCCAACAGCAGAUAUUGCUGAUCAAAGCCCUCGCUGAUCAAGGUGUGCCGUUUGAAAAGAUCCCGGCGUUGAUCCAGAGCAUGACUCCAGGCGCUGCCGGCACUGGUGCGACAGGCACUGCCCAACAAGGUGCAGCCCCAGCUCCCAAUGGUACGUAUGGUUCUGGCCAACCAUCAUGGGGGACGCAGCCACCAAAACCAGACGGUGGCCGCGACUGGUAUAAAGAAGGAGUGAGGUCUCCUGGCAGAUAUCAUGGUAGAUCCCGAUCUCGGUCCCCCGAUCGAGGCUGGGGUGGUCGUGGGUCACCUCGUAGUGGACGUGAUAGAACGGACUAUGGCCGCAACUCUCCUGCUCGAGGCCGUGAUGAGGAUCGCAGAGGAAACGACUAUCGAACGCGUAGCCCGCCUCGGCGUCGUGGCCAAACACCUCCUGACGGGGAGAAGUGGACUGACUACGAUCCCAAUAUCCCCCAGGGCACAAUCAAAGUUCUAAGCCGAACCCUUUUUGUCGGUGGAGUAACGUAAGUGAACAAUAUCCUUGUUUUUACACAUGAUGAUGAUUUGUUAUUAACAACGCAUAGAUGCUCCGAAGCCGAAUUGCGCAAUAUUUUUACCCGAUUUGGCGCUGUGCAGACUUGUAUCGUAAAUAAGGACAAGCGUCAUGCAUUCGUCAAAAUGUUGACCCGUAAGGAUGCCAUCAGUGCCAAGGAGGGCUCAGAAGACAACCGAGGGCUAGAGAUACCUCUUCGAGUAUGUUUCGAUCACGUUCCCAUGCCUUGCUGAUCAAGAUACUAACAUGGAGAUUUAGACACGAUGGGGUGUGGGCUUUGGACCCAGAGACUGCAGUGACUACGGAACUGGUAUUAGCAUCAUUCCCAUCAACAGGUUGACGGAGGCCGACCGUAAAUGGAUGUUGACGGCCCCCCAUGGUGGCAGCGGUGGCCGGCCGAUUGCAACUGGACUUGUUGUUGAGGAGCCUGACAUUGAGAUUGGUGCCGGUGUCUCCUCCAAGGCGAUCAGCCGGCGUAUGCAGACCGACAAGGGCGGCGCAAACGGGCCCAAGUCAACUCGUAAUCGCGACGAUGGAUGGGGUAGAGGCCGCGGCCAGGAGGGCGGUGACCGUAGACCAGAACCCAAUGGUGACGAAAACCAGCCUGCCAUCCAAGGAUUCCCAUUCGGCAUCGGCACUUUGCCCAACGGCAUGCCAAACUUCCCAGCAGGCUUCUCCUUCCCAGACCCUUCUAAUGGUGGGAAGUGGGCUUGA